UUCUAAAUUGGUAAAACUAAGGUCCCAGCAGUAAAGUUAGAGCACUGUUUGUUUUUUAACCUGGGGUUUGGUUUCAGGAAGCUGUGGUGUUUGAGUGAAGUAAUUUGAGAAGGAGGAGGGGUGUGGGGUCAGGCAUUGUGUUGUAUUUUACAGGCUAAAGGGCUCAGAGAGAAAAGGACAAGACUCAGAGAAGGCUGCUUGCUGUUAAAAAGGUCGCACAAUGAAGAAUACAAUUAUCCUGUUUACCUUCCUGUCAUCCUUCUUUGAGGGGACAUCCACUUACCCAAUGGACCCUCUCCCUUCCCUUCGAUUUGUGACAAUUGGUGACUGGGGAGGCAUCCCCUUGCCGCCCUACUACACCAAGCAGGAAACACUGGUUGCAGAUGAGAUGGGCAAAAUUGUGGCCAAAUGGGGUGCGGAUUUUGUUCUUUCUGUUGGAGACAAUUUCUACUAUGAUGGCAUCACAGAUGUAACGGAUUUCAGAUUUAAGAGUACAUAUGAGUCUGUUUUCAAUGCUGAUUCGCUCAAGAAUGUACCAUGGUACAUAACUGCAGGAAAUCACGAUCACAAUGGGAAUGUGUCGGCUCAGAUUGCGUACUCCAAGGUGUCCCCUCGCUGGAAGUAUCCUAAUUUAUACUAUGAUCUGUCGUUCACAAUCCCAAGCACCAAUGUGUCAGUCCGACUCCUGCUCAUAGACACUGUGACUUUAUGUGGGAACUCCGAUGAUUUCCUCUUGGGGCAACCAGAGGGCCCAGCGGAUGAAAAGGUGGCUGUGGAGCAGCUACAGUGGUUGGAGGAGAAACUGCGUGGAUCCAAGGAGCAGUACUUGCUGGUGGCUGGACAUUACCCGGUGUGGUCUGUGGCAGAGCAUGGGCCGACCCACUGCCUAAUUAAACACGUGGAACCGCUUUUUAAAAAGUACAAUGUCACUGCCUACCUGUGUGGGCAUGACCACAACCUACAGUAUCUUCAGGAUGACGCUGGCAUUGGCUACGUACUUAGUGGGGCCGGCAAUUUUGUGGAGCACUCUCUGAAGCACAAGGGCAAGGUCCCAGAAGGCUAUCUGCGAUUCUACGAAGCUGAGCUUGAAAACAUGGGGGGUUUUGUCUAUGUACAAAUAACACCUAAAGAAAUGAGCAUCACAUACAUACAGCCAGGGGGCAAAUCUCUCUUCCAGACAACCCUGCAUCCUCGCUUCAUGUAACCUGAAAUAAUUCUAAAAUGCAAGACUGACUUUUACAAAUGCACCUUUUUAUAAAUUUUAGCCGAAAAAUUAUAUGGACUGCACUGACCGAAUAUAGUAUUUUUGGAAUAUUAAGUGCAGGACGAGUGGUAUUUCAAGACACAUUUGGUGACCAAGGAUUAUUAUUAUAUAUAUAUUUUUUUUUAUACAAACCUAUACCUCCCAGUCUGAUGGUAAUGAAUCAACUAACAAUUUUCUUGAUUAGACUACGAAUAUUCUGACCUGUAAAUACUAUUACGUUAACGUCUUGCCAUUCAUUUGCUUUAAGAAAAAGCUAAGCAGGGAAUGUAAAUACUGCUUUUGAUUUUAAUAAUCUUGUUUUAUUAAGAAGGGUUUAUUGGCAAAAACUGUAAAGUAGAGAAAAAAAAAAUGACCAUUUUGUGGAAGACUGAAAAUUCAAUUCUGCCAAAUUGGAUUUUUUUUUUUUUUCUCCCCAGCUUAUCUAAUUUGGUCUAAAUGCAAGAUCGUUUUUCAAUCUGCUGAACACCGUUUAGUUAAUAAGCCCCCUUUUUAAAUGAUCAUGUUGUGUUUACAUUUUAAUGUUUACAUUUCUGGGAGUUAUUGAAUUUUCUCUGCUUACUGUGAUUAAAAUGUGCAGAAAACAUCAAUAACCUCCAUAAUCACACUUAUCUGUUUUAAUGUUGUAAAUUUUAUAUAAUUUCAUUGGGGAAAAAAAAAGUUUUUUUAGGAAAAUUUAAGAUUUUAUGCGCUGAAUUUUCAUUUCUGAAACAUUGAAGUACUGAAUUGUUUUUAAUACUUGAAUCGUGGUUCUUAAAUGUUAGAUUCUGCUGAUGUAUUAGGUUAUUGCUGU